AUGACUGUAGUGCUGCUGAUGCUGAAUGAACAGAGAGGAGGGGGAAGGAGAAGGAGAAGGGGGCAGUACGUAACUCGCGCUGGCUGCAGGAACUCUCCAGAUGAGAGGAGCACAGACACGGGGCUGCACGCUCUUGAGGAACACCAGCGGUCCCUGUCUCACCAAAGACCCGCGGGAUUUUUACGCAGCGUAAAAACGCCGCACACGCGGGAUGAAUACUACUUGGGUUUACGCGCUUUCACUGGACCCCGUUUGUUUUUGGUGACGGCACCAACCGAGAUUGUCAAUGAUAUUUUUAAAAAGAAGAGCGCAAAGGUGGAGCUAUUAGCGGGGGCUCAUGCCGGGACUGUCAGUGCAUCACACGCACCGCAGGCUUUUGGAAACGUGUGGAUGGACACCUUUACGGCUGCUCUUGGGUUUAUACGAAACUGCUGA